GUUGGGGUUUGAUUUUGAACUGCAGCCCCGCCUCUCUGGGAGGGGCCUCUGCUCUGCCUCUUGCCAUGGCAGUAAUUGAACAAGCUGUAUUGAUAGAUCAGGUUCAAUAGAAUUUGUUUCUCUCCUUCGAGCCCAAGAGACGGUUUGGUCUUCUUGCUCCAAACACUCCCUCUUUCGUAGCAAUGCAUAAAUCAUGAGUGCAUCGCUUCCUGUCUUCAUCAGUUCCUCAGAACAGAGUCUGCUUGAAGUCUUCACACUCCCAUGUUCUCAGGCAACAAAACAGACAGACCAACUCUCGCCCACUCUUCUCAGGCAGACAGUUAACAAGUUAACAAAGCAAUAAUUCAGCGCUUCUGUGACCUUGAUUGGAGUCACUUUUGCAGCUUUUACAUUAUACUGUAUUGGGUCAGCAAACUUUUUCAGCAAGGGGCCGGUCCACUGCCCCUCAGACCUUGGGGGGGGGCAGACUUUAUUUUGAAGAAAAAAACCUGAACAAAUUCCUAUGCCCCACAAAUAACCCAGAGGUGCAUUUUAAAUAAAAGGACACAUUCUACUCAUGUAAAAACACACUGAUUUCCGGACCGUCCACAGGCCUGAUUUAAAAGGCAAUUGGGCCAGAAUCUGGCCCCCAGGGCUUACUUUGCCUACCCAUGCUGUAUAUGUUUUCUUUUCCCCAGUAUGUGUGUGUGUAUAGUAAAAUACAUUUCCUAACAAAUACAGUACAAAUACCAACAUGCUCUAUAUGGGGCUGCCCUUGAAGAUGAUCCAGAAGCUGCAACAAAUGAAAAAAUUGGUGAGAGGGGCAGCCUGAUGGCACCAUGUGUCAUCCUGAAAGCACUGCCCUGGCUGUCAGUGAACUACUGGGUCUUAUCACUACAAUACAAAGCCAUAAACUGCUUUAGACACAAGUACUAUACCUAAAAGAGCACCUCUCUCAAUACUGACCGUCUUGGGCCCUAAAAUCAGCAAGGGAGGAACUGCUGGUGCUGCUGCCUCCAGGUGCUGUCCAAUGGGCACUGACCUGCAAUGGGGCAUUUGGGGUAAUAAUUCUCUGUUAUAGAAUGCCCUCCAUGUGAGUUGUAUCUGGCUUCUUCAUUAUUUAUAUUCAGAAAUAAAUUUUAAGCAUUCCUCUUCACCAAAGCAUUUGAUGACCGGAAUAUAUUCCUCCUAACAAUCUUGAAAUAAUUUCCUGUGAGGUUAUGUGACUGUUCAUGGGCCAUUGCCAAGGGCAGCUGCCCCCUUAGAUCAAUCAGAAUCAAUCAAAAUCAAUACAAAUCUGAGGUUCUGACCCCCCAAAAAAGCAUGACCUGCCAACAAAAAUCCUGGCUACACCCAUGCUACAUCUUUAAUUGUUUGUUUUUGUUUUGUAUAUUGUUUUCUGUUUUGUUAAUUCAUUUGAUUUGUAUGCUGCUUUUCCACAAAAAAAUCAUGCUCAAAGCGGCUUAAAUCAAACAGGAAUGCAUUUCAGUUAAGGAGCUUGUGGAUGUAAUCUCAGAGCCUUUGUUUGUGAUCUUUGGGAAUUCUUAGAGAACAGGUGAGGUCCCUGCAGAAUGGAGGCAGGCAAAUGUCCCCAUCUUCAAAAAUGUGAAAAAAGAAGACCCAGGUAACUUACCAACCAGUGAGCUUCACAUCGAUACCAGGAAAGGUCCUAGAACAGAUAAUUCAACAGUUGGUCUGUGAGCACUUAGAAAAGGAUGCUGUGAUUACUAAAACCCAGCAUGGGCUUCUCAAAAAUAAGUCAUGUCAGACAAAUCUCAUUUCUUUUUUCCAUGGAGUUACAUGGAUCAGGGGAAUGCUGUGGACGUAGUGUAUCUUGAUUUCAGUAAAGCUUUUGAUGUUCUUGUGAGGAAGCUGGUAAAAUGUGGGGUGAACGAGGUGACUGUUAGGUGGAUUUGUAGCUGGUUGACUGAUUGAACCCAAAGAGUACUCAUUAAUGGUUCCUUAUCAUCCUGGGGAAAAGUGACAAGCGGGGUGCCACAUGGUUCUGUCCUGGGCCCAUUGUUGUUCAACAUCUUCAUAAACAACGGAUGAAGGAAUUGAGGGGAUGCUCAUAAAAUUUGCAGAUGACACCAAACCGGGGGGGGGGGGGAGGGUAAUGCUGCAGAAUUCAAAAUGACCUUCACAGAUUGGAGAACUGGGACAAAUAUAAGGUUCUGCACUUAGGCAGGAAGAACCAGAUGCACAAAUAUAAGGUGGGGGAUACCUGGCUUACUAGCAAUACAUGUGAAAAAGCUCUAGGGGUCUUAGUGGACCACAUGCUUAACAUAAGUCAACAGGGUGAGGCAGCUGCAAAAAAGUUAAUGCUAUUCAAGGCUGCAUCAACAGAAGUCUAGCGUCCAGAUCAAGGGAAGUUGAAGUCCCACUCUAUUCUGCCUUGGUCAGACCACACGAGGAAUACUGUGUCCAAUUCUGGGCACCACAGUUUAAGAAGGAUGUUGACAAGCUGGAACGUGUGCAGAGAAGGGCAACCAGGAUGAUCAAGGGUCUGGAAACAAAGCCCUAUGAGGAACAGUUGAGGGAGCAGGGUAUGUUUAGCCUGGAAAAGAGGAGAUGGAGAGGAGAUAGGAUCAUGAUGUUCAACUAUGUAAAGGGCUGUCACAUGGAAGAGGGAACAAGUUUUUCCCCCUACUGCUCUGGAGUGUAGGAGUCAAGCCAAUGGCUUCAAAUUACAAGAAAGGACUAAGCAUCAGGAAAAGCUUUCUGACAGUAAGACCUGUUCAGCAGUGGAACAGACUCCUUCAGGAGGUGGUCUCUCCUUUCUUAGAGUUUUUAAAUUAGAGGUUGAAUGGCCAUCUGUCAUAGAUGCCCUAGCUGAGAUUCCUGCAUUACAGGGGAUUGGACUAGAUGACCUUUUGGGUUCCUUCCAACUCUACAAUUCUAUGAUUCUCUAAUUCUCUCAUAUAUAUGUUAGAACCUGUGUCACAUGUGUUUUUAAGCCUUGUGCUUUUUGCUCCAAAGCUUCUUUAAAAAAUUAUUAUUAUUAUUUUAUUUACAACAUAGUCCACAACAACUCAUACAUACAAACAAACCCACCACCAUUGACAAUUUAAUUAUCAAAAUUAAACUCCUAUCCCCUUACACAAAGAAAACAUAAAAAUAAAAGACUUCCUUUAUCCUGUAAAUGGCCUCCUUAUUUACUUCUUGUGUACUGUUUAUUUUAUAUGUGAUUAUUACAAUUUUUCCUAAUGAUGACUUAAAAAACCGCAAAGUCUCCUAUAGAAAUCAAACGAAACAAGUCCAGGUGUAUAUUUUGGGGCACUGGUUGGUAAAGUAUUCUCUGCAUUUUCCCCAUUCUUUUUGGAAUUCUUGUCUAGCUUGUCCCUUAAUUGUCUCUGUUAAUCUGGCCAAUUCAGUAUAAUCUAAUAACUUAUCCUGCCAUUCCUUUUUUGCUGGCACAAAUUCUUUUUUCCAAUUUCUGGCAAUUAAGGUGCUCGCGUGCCUGUGGCAUACAGGAAUAUUUUCCAAUCCUCUUUUGCUAUACCUGUGUCUGUUAUUCCUAAUAGGAAAGCUUCUGUAUUUUUACGAAAUUAUAUUUAAACAUUUUUUUAAGUUCAUCAUAUACUAUAUCCCCGAAGCUUUUGAUUUUUUCACAGGUCCACCAGAUAUGUAUAAGUGUCCCUUCUGCUGUACUGCACCUCCAACACAGGUUUGCUUUUGUUUUAUACAUUUUAGCUAUUUUGGGAGGUGUUAAGUACCAUCUAUAAAACAUCUUGAUUAAAUUUUCCCCUAGUGCAAAGCUUCUUCUUUCUUCUUUCUUUUUUAAAUAUUAUUAAGAGUUUACUAAUGCAACUUUACUAAUGGGCCUUAGAAAGCACUGCUAAUAACAAGGCCAGUGGAAGUGAUGGUAUUCCAGCUGAACUAUUUAAAAUUUUAAAAGAUGAUGCUGUUAAGGUGCUACACUCAAUAUGCCAGCAAAUUUGGAAAACUCAGCAGUGGCCAGAGGAUUGGAGAAGAUCAGUCUACAUCCCAAUCCCAAAGAAGGGAAGUGCCAAUGAAUGCUCCAACUACCGCACAAUUGCACUCAUUUCACACGCUAGCAAGGUUAUGCUUAAAAUUCUACAAGGCAGGCUUAAGCAGUAUGUGGACUGAGAACUCCCAGAAGUGCAAGCUGGAUUUUGAAGGGGCAGAGGAACCAGAGACCAAAUUGCAAACAUGUGCUGGAUUAUGGAGAAAGCUAGAGAGUUCCAGAAAGACAUCUACUUCUGCUUCAUUGACUAUGCAAAACCCUUUGACUGUGUCGACCACAGCAAACUAUGGCAAGUUCUUAAAGAAAUGGGAGUGCCUGAUCACCUCAUCUGUCUCCUGAGAAAUCUCUAUGUGGGACAAGAAGCUACAGUUAGAACUGGAUAUGGAACAACUGAUUGGUUCAAGAUUGGGAAAGGAGUACGGCAAGGCUGUAUAUUGUCUCCCUGCUUACUUAACUUAUAUGCAGAAUUCAUAAUGCGAAAGGCUGGGCUGGAUGAAUCCCAAGCCGGAAUUAAGAUUGCCGGAAGAAAUAUCAACAACCUCAGAUAUGCAGAUGACACAACCUUGAUGGCAGAAAGUCAGGAGGAAUUAAAGAACCUCUUAAUGAGGGUGAAAGAGGAGAGCGCAAAAUAUGGUCUGAAGCUCAACAUCAAAAAAACGAAGAUCAUGGCCACUGGGCCCAUCACCUCCUGGCAAAUAGAAGGGGAAGAAAUGGAGGCAGUGAGAGAUUUUACUUUCUUGGGCUCCAUGAUCACUGCAAAUGGUGACAGCAGUCACGAAAUUAAAAGACGCCUGCUCCUUGGGAGAAAGGCGAUGGCAAACCUAGACAGCAUCUUAAAAAGCAGAGACAUCACCUUACCAACAAAGGUCCGUAUAGUUAAAGCCAUGGUUUUCCCAGUAGUGAUGUAUGGAAGUGAGAGCUGGACCAUAAAGAAGGCUGAUCGCCGAAGAAUUGAUGCUUUUGAAUUCUGGUGCUGGAGGAGACUCUUGAGGGUCCCAUGGACUGCAAGAAGAUCAAACGUAUCCAUUCUUAAGGACAUCAGCCCUGAGCGCUCACUGGAAGGACAGAUCAUGAAGCUGAGGCUCCAAUACUUUGGCCAUCUCAUGAGAAGACUCCCUGGAAAAGACCGUGAUGUUGGGAAAGAUGGAGGGCACAAGGAGAAGGGGACGACAGAGGACGAGAUGGUUGGACAGCGUUCUCGAAGCUACAAACAUGAGUCUGACCAAACUGCGGGAGGCAGUGGAAGAUAGGAGUGCCUGGCGUGCUCUGGUCCAUGGGGUCACGAAGAGUCGGACAUGACUAAACGACUAAACAACAAGAACAAUGCAACUUUUAAUUGAUUAAUGCAGCAACAUACCUACUCUUGGGAUAUGGGUGGCACUGUGGUCUGAACCACUGAGCCUCUUGGGCUUGCCAAUCAGAAGGUCAGCAGUUCGAAUCCCCACGACGGGGCGUCCCAGCUCCUGCCCACCUAGCAGUUCAAAAGCACGUCAAAGUGCAAGUAGAUAAAUAGGUACCGCUCCGGCGGGAAGGUAAACGCCGUUUCCGUGCGCUGCUCUGGUUCACCAGAAGCGGCUUAGUCAUGCUGGCCACAUGACCCGGAAGCUGUACACGGCUCCCUUGGCCAAUAAAGCGAGAUGAGCGCCGCAACCCCAGAGUCGUCCCCGAUUGGACCUAAUGGUCAGCGGUCCCUUUACCUUUACCUGCUCUUACUCCAGAAGCCAAUACACGUUUACUAAGAGAUAAGUUCUUCCGACUCCCAUGAGACCUAUUUACCUGGGCGGAAGUAGCAUUAAACUUCAUAGGAAUUACUUCUGGGUAAGUUUACCUUUUUAAACAUGGACAGCAUUGCGCUGUUCAUUAACGAAUCUGCGCCUAACUCCAAUGGAGAGACAAGCAAACUCACUCGGAUACCUACGCCGGGAAGGAACCCAGGAGUCCUGCUCCGGCCCUAGUGGGCUGUCCUUUGCACACGUGACUCUUUUCGGUGCCAGGACGCGGAAGCAAAAGGCUUCCUCCGGCGUUUUCUGUUUCCCGUUGGCGGUGAGCACAGCAAGCGCGUUGCCCGACUCUGGCCGGCAUCAUGCUGGGCCCCAGGAAGGAGGCGGCGGCCCAGGUAGGAAAGGUUUCCUUCCCCGGCGGCGAGUUGGUGGGGCUGCCGCGUCUCCCUCCCUCGGCUCGGCUCGGCUGGCGAGGCCGCGUUCAGCACCACGGCCAGCGACGCGGCCCGGCAGGAGACCGGGAGGCCGAGCCCCGAGGAGGAGGAGACUCAGUCCGGGGCCGAAUGCAAGGGCUCCUCCGGCCCCGAGAGAGAAGCGGAGCCGCUGCUAGGCAAGGCUGGACCACGUGGCCUGGCACUGCCCUGGUCCGAGCCGGAUCCCUGGUCCGCCUCCCUCGCCAGAGGACUGACCCCUGAGCUUCCAGCCUCCCUGCCCGUUGGCCGUGCUGGCUCAUUCCCAGACAUCUGGAGAGCGCCGUGCCGACUACCGACAGGCCUCUGGGGCUCAACAGUGGAAUAGUAACAACCAGGACAACAAUUAGCAUUUCUGCAGCACCUUCCCGAUGUUUGCAACUGCCUUCCCUGAGCUUAUUAAAAAUCUUACAACCUGACAUUGCAGUACUGUCAUCCCCUUAGAGCCAAUAGGAAGCUCAGGCUGGAUUGCUUAAAGCAGAAGUGCCUAACCUUUGGCUCUCCAGAUGUUACUGGACUCCAAUUUCCAACAGCCACAGUCAUCAUAGCCAAUGGUCAGAGACUGAGCAGGUCGUAACCACAACGACUAUCUUCUAUCCCCACUGUCAGAGGCAUGAUGCCUCUGAAUGCCAGUUGCUGGGAAGCACACAUGGGGGAAGUGCAAUUGUCACAUGGGGAGAGUGGUGUUGCAUUCAAGUUCUGCUGUCAGGCUUUCCAAUGAUAGAACAGAGUCCUGGACUAGAUAGGUCCUUAGUCCGAUCCAACAGGGCUUCUUACAAGUUCUGCAGUAUCUGGAGGGCCACAGAAUCUUCUCCCCUGGUGCAGGGAGAUCCAUGGAUAGAUAUCCCAGUUUUCAAAGGGUUAAGAACAGCUGCAGGGAACCCAGUUUGACUUUGGACUUGACCACUAGUGGAGGAAGCUCUUUGCACCAAUUUCCUGAUUGAAGCUGCCUCCUAUCCUCAACUCUGUUAUCUGCACAAGAGGUGUGGACACUGGGAAUAGAUGUUGCAGGAGAAAUAAUAGCUUAGACAGGACCUGCUAAACAAGAGUGGGUCUCCCUUCUGCAUAAACACGCAUACAAGUGCAUUGUAAAUUUCUAAAAUAUUACAAACAGUACCAGAGAACUCUUCUGUAAAAACAGAAAAGGGCGUUUCUGAACAGGAGAAACCAGCUGAAGGAACACCAGCUGAGAAAACCUUACUGUUAGAAACUGAAGUAGAUAAAACUCCCAUUGCCACCCAGGAAUAUGAAAACAAACCUCUUCUUGAUCUUUUUAAUACUCCUGAAUUAUAUGCUAAAUUUGAAAUAGGGUAUUUUAUGUUAUCACUGCAGUAAAAUAAGCUGCAGUUUAAGAAGUAAAUAAGUAUUACAUGUAUUUCAUUUGCCCACACCCCAAAAUUUUCAUUUUGUGCAAGAAAUUAUUAUUAAUAGUAAUAAUUUUAUUAUUUAUACCCUGCCCAUCUGGCUGGGUUUUCCCAGCCAUUCUGGGUGGUUCCCAGCAGAAUAGUAAAAAUAUGAUAGAACAUCAAAUAUUUAAAACCUCCUGUUACAGGGCUGCCAAAGUCAGAUAGUUGUUUAUUUUCUUGACAUCUGAACAGAGGGUGUUCCACAGGGAGGGCACCGCUGCCAAGAAGGCCCUCUUCCUGGUUCCCUGUAACUUCACUUCUCACAGUGAGGGAACCACCAGAAGGCCCUCAGAGGUGGACCUCCAUGUCCAGGCUGAGAGAUGGGGUGGAGAUGCUCCUUCAGGUAUACAGGGCCGAGAAAAGAAGGGUCUUCCUCAUGGCUUUAAUGUUUCUGGAAAAUUUAUAUUGCUUGCAAGUGACUAUAAAGAGGUGGAAGGGAUUUAGUUUGAGGCAUUUUGAAGUUUAAAGUAGUACUACAGUACAUUCUAAAGUAUUAUCUAGGGUUUCCCAAAUAUCUGAGUUCAUUCACACAUGCACACCCCUGAACAUAUAAAGUUGCCAUUGACCCUGACCCAUAUUCUUAGAAAAGUAAAUGAAAGAAAGUGUGCUGGUCCUGGGGGGGGGUUACCGUGAGGCGUGGUCAGUGUCUGGUCCUGGAUUGAGGGUCUGGAGACUAUCCACCAAGGGGGAAGCAGGGUCCAAAGCAAGAAGCCGGGCGUGGACGGGAACUCCAAAAGAACAGGUCUGGGUGCUGGCAGAAACAGGUUUCCAACGACGUUGCUCCUGCAACCUGGGACUGGGCUGACUGGCCUUUAUCUCCUCUGGGGCCUAGGGCGGUCCCGGCCCACAGAUGACUCGCCUCUCCUGGCCUUAAGGCGAGCACUCCUCCUGAGAGAACUUAGUUCCCUCCGCCUCUCUGCCCUGAGCCUCUGCAGCUCAGGAGAGGCUGGAGGGUUACUGGACCCAGGGGCAGCUUCACCUUCCCCUGACAGGGCUGGAAGAGGAGCACCUGCAGGCAAUGGGUCCUCAAUCACCUCUGGAGCCAGAGUGGAUUCAUCUGGUGUCUGCUCCUGAGGAUCCGACACAGGUGAGGGCCCUUCAGAUUCAAGGCCCCGCCCCGGCUCAGCCGGCCCUGGAGGCGGGGACUCCUGUGCAGGCUGAGAUUCCUCCGGUUCAGCCUCUGAAUCAGAUUCCCAGGCCAUGACAGAAAGUCAAGAAAUAUCAAUAUAUAUUAAAUGUUUAUUAAUUAUCAAUCACCAUUGCUAGGGAUCUAAAAAUGUGAAAAAAUAAGGAAGUAAAACAAGCAGAAACUAUUAUUUAUUUAUUUAUUUAUUAAAUUCAUAUACUGUCCUAGGCCCGCAGGUCUCUUUUUUUAAAAAAUAAAUUUUUAUUGGUUUUACAAUUUAAUUUUACAUUCACACAUUAAAUAGAAUCAAAAAGUGUAGAAUUCUCCAAAUUCUCGGACUUCCUCCCUUCCCUCUGUGGAGUCUAAUAACCAUUUUCCACUGCAUAUCAUAUCGUCCUCUAUUUAGCCUUAAAACUCUAUUUAUAUCCAUGGUUCUUUUCACAUUGCAAGUGUUACUUCAGUCCUGCUAAUGUUUACUUAAGUUUACUUAAGAGUACUUAAUGUUCUCUUAAGUAUGUUACAAAAUUUUCCCAGUCCUUGUUAAAUUUGUUAAAUUCCAAUGCUAUCCAUUCUCGAAGCCAGCAGAGGCAGGACGCCUCAUAGCAUAACCUCAGAUCUGGCAGGGAGAAGCCACCUCUUUCUUUAACAUCUGUUAAUUACAUAUUUUAUUCUUGGUUUCUUCCCCUGCCAGAUAAAUUUAGAAAUAUCUUUCUGCCAUUCUUUAAAGUGACCUGUCCCACUGAUAACAUGUAUUGAUUGGAAUAAAAACAACAUUCUUGGCAAUGCAUUCAUUUUUAUAACCGAUAUUCUUCCCCAUAUGCCCGCAGGUCAGACCAAUUCACAAGAUAAAAUUACAAUAUAAAAACACAAAAUACAUAAUCAAAAUAUAAACAGAAACAGCUGAAUAACCCCCCAAAACACUUAAGAACAGUUAAAACAAUUUUUUUAAAAAACUACAAUCAAAAAGCAGUUUAAAAGAAUGCAAACAGAACUCUCUGCUGGGCUGCAGGAGUCCUUUUGUAGUCUGUCAGGGGCCCUAGGCCUAGAGAGAGAGGCAUGAGCAGGACCCACACACUCUCAGCAGCUGUUGCCAUACGGAAGUUUCUCAAUGCCCUUUAUUCGUAAGGCUCUUUGUUCUGAAUUAAUGCUUUUGCCUAAUGUCUUAUAAGCAUAUUUGAAUAUUGUAUCCAAAAUCUCUUGCCCAUUGUCUCUUUACUGAUUUAACCUCUUUACUCCACCCCAGGCCUUUUUUGACCCUCUUUCAACCCCUGGAUAUUUACUUAGCCCCUUGCACAGUCCCACCAAGGUAAAAGGCCCCUGGACGGUUAGGUCCAGUCAAAGACAGCUAUGGGGUGUGGCGCUCAUCCCACUUCAGGCCGAGGGAGCUGGUGUUUGUCCACAUACAGCUUUCCAGGUCAUGUGGCCAGCAGGACUAAACUGCUUCUGGCACACAGAAACACCAUUUACCUUCCCGCUGCAGCGGUACCUAUUUAUCUACUCAUGCUGGUAUGCUUUUGAACUGCUAUGACCGGGGGGGGGGGGAGUGAUAUUUCCACUGAGCUACAGUCUUUCCCCAUACUGGAGGUGGGAGGUUGAGGAUGAGUAAGAAUUGCUCCCCUAUAGAGAUCAGAAAGUUCAUAGCAGAGGUGGGACUGUAAUGGGAGAUCUUCCUGAUUCAUAGCUCCUUAGUCACUACACGGCACCAGCAUUGUCUCUCCUUGGCUGAAAUGUGACUUCAUUACUUGGCUUUGUGAUCUUGAAGAGUUUGGAUUUGGAUUUGAUAUCCCGCCUUUCACCCUCCUGCGGCUCAAAGCGGCUAACAUUCUCCUUUCCCUUCCUCCCCCACAACAAACACUCUGUGAGGUGAGUGGGGCUGAGAGGCUUCAGAGAAGUGUGACUGGCCCAAGGUCACCCAGCAGCUGCAGGUGGAGGAGCGGGGAAUCGAACCCAGUUCCCCAGAUUACGAGACUACCGCUCUUAACCACUACACCACACUGGCUCUCUUGUGACAAUCCAAAAUGCUGAUACAAUGGCUGCAGUUUUUCCUUUCUAAUUCAUUUAUAUCCCUUGUCGCCUCCCCCCCUUUUUUUACUUUUUUAAUGUAGUUCAGCUUGUAGUCUGGCUGCCUGAAACACAGAAGAGAUGUUGCUAGGGGAAGUCUCCAAAGACCUUCUGACUCGGCCACUGACCCGGAAUGAAGUGUUUGCUGUUCUCCUUCGCCUGACCGUCUUUGGGGCUGCCACCUACUUCAGCAUCAAGUGGGUAUCAGAUGCCUUGGACCCAACCCGUAAGCAAAGGAUACAGCUAAAGAAAAAGGUAUAUACAUGGAAUUUACCCACAAAGUCCACUGUGUGUGUGCACCAAUUGGGCUAUAAUUUUGGAAUCCUAAAAUGGUCACAGAUCUUGAUCACUGAUAUUCUGCUGUGGUGAAUACCUCAUAUGUCCUUCCAUAGCAGCACAUCCACAUGCCAAUAAUCGGGGGGGGGGGGGUCGUGUCCUAUGCAUGGCUUUAGCACAACUUAGCAUCACUGUAGCAUUCAAUGACAGGCUGGUCUAUCUUUCUCUUUUUUUCCUGUUUCUUUGUCUCUGCUCAUCUUUCAACAACAAAUGGACAGUAGCCUCCAGUCUUUUGGGGCCCGGGAUCACUUUUAGAAUGUAAGGAACUGUUGCAGGCACCAAAAAACCACACAUUUCACAUUGAUACCCACACCCACAUGCAAAGCAAAUGAAACACAAGCAAAAGAAGGCAAGGGCCCCAGCCAACCUCCCUCCUGGUUUUAUUUUUUGUUGUUUUGGUUUUAACUGAGAUUUUGUACACAAUGUAGAUAUAUUUUUAUAUGAGUUUACAGUAGAUAAAUAUAAAAUGAACUAACUAAAUACUAGAUAGCUAACAUUUAAAAAUAUCUGUGUGAGAGGACAAAGGAGCUAUCUCCUUAUGGGAUAGUUUCCAGGUGUAUAUUACUUUCGUAACUUAAGUCUCCCUUCUGGGAUCCAUUUGUGAACAGAAUGUGUGAGUAAACUCUUUUUAUACUUUUAUAGAAGACUGUGUUGCAUCUAUCUUUUUAUGACGGACUAAAGGGGAAAUUACCAAGGAAACUUAUUUUAGAGGCUUUAGCAAGCCUAAGCAAACACAUCCUCUGCGAAAGUUUAAAAAGGGGAAUCAUAGAAUCAUAGAAUCAUAGAGUUGGAAGAGACCACAAGGGCCAUCGAGUCCAACCCCCUGCCAAGCAGGAAACACCAUCAGAGCACUCCUGACCUAUGGUUGUCAAGCCUCUGCUUAAAGAUCUCCAAAGAAGGAGACUCCACCACACUCCUUGGCAGCAAAUUCCACUGUCGAACAGCUCUUACUGUCAGGAAGUUCUUCCUAAUGUUUAGGUGGAAUCUUCUUUCUUGUAGUUUGGAUCCAUUGCUCCGUGUCCGCUUCUCUGGAGCAGCAGAAAACAACCUUUCUCCCUCCUCUAUGUGACAUCCUUUUAUAUAUUGGAACAUGGCUAUCAUAUCACCCCUUAACCUCCUCUUCUCCAGGCUAAACAUGCCCAGCUCCCUUAGCCGUUCCUCAUAAGGCAUCGUUUCCAGGCCUUUGACCAUUUUGGUUGCCCUCCUCUGGACACGUUCCAGUUUGUCAGUGUCCUUGUUACUCUACUAAAUGUUACUCUACUAAAUUGUCACUCUACUAAAUUGUAGAACUUGUUAACACAAGUUGGAAAGGAUAUAAUCAAACAAUAUAUCCUCUGCUGCAUCCCUGAACAUUCCCACAAUAGGCAUGAUGCUCUGAGAGAAAAAUACCAUCUGCCAGAGGUGGCCCUAUGGCAAUACUUGCAGCUACAUCUUUUAGUAACUUUGUUUGGUCUGGUGGCCUGCUCAGCAUCUGAGACACCCAAAAUUUGGAGCAAUUGGAUAAUUCAUUUGAAACAAAAAAGCCAGCAAUUACUUUUUAUAGGUAUUUAUUAUCAACAAGUAAGUUUGAUAUACAGAGUUUAAGAAAUGAUUGGAAUAAAGAGUUGGAAUGUUCACGAUUACCUAGACCAGGCAUGUCCAACAGGUCGAUUGCGAUCUACUGGUUGAUCGCCAGGAAGUUUCUGGUAAAUUGCCAGUAGAUUGUGUGUUCUUUAGUGAUCGCCAGCCUAAAAGGAAAAAAAAGCUCCCCGUAAAAAAAGCUCAACAACUCUCCCCCCCCCCCCCAAAAAGCUCAAUAACCAUGGGCAAUUGCAUGGAGAGCUCCUUCCCUCUUGCUGACAGAGAGCUCACCAGUCUGUGUGUGAGUGUGUUGUGCGGGAUGGCUGGAUGGCUCCCCCUCCUUCAUGCUGACAAAGAGCUGGCCAGUAUGUGUGUGAGUUUGCAUGUGUGCGUGGGAUGGCUCCCCUUCCCUCGAGGAUGUAGCAGGGAUGCUGCCCUGUGCCUAUCAGAGACCGGAUCCUAGCCUGCACCCUGCUUGGUCAAAGGGGGAUGCAGGCUGAGACUUGGGCAGUGCCAGGGGGCAAAUCCAAGGGCUGACCAUGGGCUUCCCUUGCCCAUUUAAGCAGCCCACACCUGGGACACUCCCUCUUCCUUCCCUUGCCGGUUUCCAGUGUGGAUCUCUGUAGGUCUCCUGCAUUGUGACUAGGAAAGUCUUAGACCUCGCCUGGGAUCUCAUCCUUCCUUGCCCGCCUGCUUUUUGUAUCCACGCUGCAUCAUGCAGGCAAGAGAGGAACAGGCGUCUGUCCCGGUUUCUGCAUUUGCCAGGAUUCAUCGUUGCAAGGGAGCUUGGGAAACUGAGUUCCCUUGCAUGUUGAGUAGUUUCUUUGCGAGGGCUGAGGAUCCUGGGAAACUGAGUUUUCCAGCCAUUUGGGGCUUUCUGUGUUUGUGUGGGGGAAAGUUUUUCUGUUGGCUAAAAAGCUGUUUUUUGAGGCUGGUUUGUUUCCUGCUUACAUAAUGUGGUCUUCAGUAAUCAAAGAAUUCAGGAAUUGGAUACCAGCACUGUUGGGGUCUUUGUUGAUUGUUGGUGCAUUUUAAGACUGAAGCCAUGUGGGGCCAGGGGGCGGGUGCUGGUUGGGUUGUUAUUUUCCUGUGCCUUCCAGGUGGGCGUGCUCUUGCUGAAGUUUCCAGUGCUACUGCUUUAAAUAAUAAAUGAAAAUGAAUUAAAAGGAAUAAAUAAAUAAUUUUUUAAAAUAAUCAUUGUGCAUUUUAAGUUAACAAACAGGGUAACUGAGCCACUGGUGCUUCCGCUUGCCGCAGGUUCCUGAUGUGGGGCAGGUCCCAGCCUCCAUUGGGGUGGCAUUGUUUUGCAGCAAGGUUUGAUUUUGAGGUGGUUUGUGUGCAGCUUUGGCUGUGCGGUUGCAGGGGAAUACAGCUUUUGUUUUAAGUUCAGUUCUGAGGUUUGCUACUGCAUUUGCUUUUAGCUUUUUGGUUUGCUUUGGAGGUAGUGUGGUGUGGGUACAGUUGUUUGGGCGCCAUAUGUGAAAUCGAAAGCCUAGCACGCAUCUACUGGCUCCUCAGAUCUGUGUAAACUACUUAGCUGAGUUGGUUUUCCUUGUCUGGGUGUUUUGUAUCUUAAAGGUUGUCACACUUUACAAAGCAGGCAGUCUUCUGUCUUGCUGAGUUAGUUUUUAAAUCUGUUCUUUCAGAAGAAUUGGAACGUGUCCAGAGGAGGGCAACCAAAAUGGUCAAAGGCCUGGAAACGAUGCCUUAUGAGGAACGGCUAAGGGAGCUGGGCAUGUCUAGCCUGGAGAAGAGGAGGUUAAGGGGUGAUAUGAUAGCCAUGUUCCAAUAUAUAAAAGGAUGUCACAUAGAGGAGGGAGAAAGGUUGUUUUCUGCUGCUCCAGAGAAGCGGACACGGAGCAAUGGAUCCAAACUACAAGAAAGAAGAUUCCACCUAAACAUUAGGAAGAACUUCCUGACAGUAAGAGCUGUUCGACAGUGGAAUUUGCUGCCAAGGAGUGUGGUGGAGUCUCCUUCUUUGGAGGUCUUUAAGCAGAGGCUUGACAACCAUAUGUCAGGAGUGCUCUGAUGGUGUUUCCUGCUUGGCAGGGGGUUGGACUCGAUGGCCCUUGUGGUCUCUUCCAACUCUAUGAUUCUAUGAUUCUAGUCCCUAUUGUAAAAAAAAAUGAGUGCUCCAAAGAAGUCCAAAACCUAUCAUUUUCAUAAGGAAUCGGAAAUUGAGUAUUUCUUUGUGAUGGUGAAAGAGAAGUGUUGUUGUUUAAUUUGUAACACCUCUGUGUCCUUACCAAAAAAGGGUAACUUGGAACCCCAUUAUAAUGCUUUCCACCGUAGUAAAUUUGAUGUCAAUUUUCCAGUCAAAAGUGGAAUUCAUAAACUUAAGCUCAAAGAACUCAAAGCAAAAUUCUCAGCAGCAAUUACUGGUAAAAUCCAACUCACAUUCUAACAAUGCAACCAUGUCAUCCUUCAACCUGAUUGCUAAAAAGUGCAAACCUUUCACAGAAGGGGAGUUUGUAAAAGAGUGUUUUCUUGCAGCAGCUGAACAUCUUUUUAAAGGGUUUAAAAAUUAAAAAGAGACCAUAGCUGCUAUCCAAGGUCUUCAAUUAUCAAGAAACACAGCCAUACAGUGAAUGGAAAACAUGUGUAAAAAUAUUGAUGAACAGCUGUUGAAAGAUGUGUCCAGUUGUGUUGCUUUCUCACUCUAGCUAGACAAAUCUACAGACAUCAGUGACACAGCUCAGCUACUAGUUUUUUAUUUGUAUGGUUUUUAAAUAUUACAGCACAAAAGAAGAACUACUUGGGAUAGUUUCUUUAAAAGAGAAAACCACCAGUGAAGAAAUAUUUAAUUCCUUCUAUUCCUUUAUAAACAAGCUUAAUGUUCCAUUACACAAGCUUGUUGCCAUCACUACGGAUGAAGCAAAAGCCAUGACAGGUCGGGUUAAUGGAUUUAUUGCCCUUUUUCGACAACAUGGUGAUUUCCCUGACUUCCUUGCGUACCACUGUAUCAUUCACCAGCAAGUUUUGGCAAGCAAGAAACUGAACACAAAGCAUAUCAUGGACAUAGCUUUUAAAAUUGUAAAUUCAAUUCGUGGAAAAGCACUUCAAAGGCGGCUUUUCAAUCUCACUCUUGAGGAAGGGCAGCUAGAAUUAAUUUUACACAGAGAUGUAAGGUGGCUCAGUAGGCACAAAUUUUUGGUAAGAUUUCGUAGUUUGUAGGAAGAAAUAAUAUCCUUUUUGAAGGAGAGGGGAGAUGAGUACGCUCAGUUAGAAGAUGAUGAGUGGUUAUUUGAUCUGGCUUUCCUUGCUGAUUUCACAGGUAAACUUAGUGAUAUGAACCUAGAGCUACAAGGUAAAGGUAAAGGCAUUGGCAAGAUGAUUAUCAUAGUUUCAUCCUACAAAACAAAAUUUAAGCUAAUGACGGCUGACUUUACAAUCAAAAUUUUUGAUCACUUUCCUAAUAUGCAGGACCAUCUGGGAAAAAAUCCUGACUUUGUUUUUCAAACAGAGAAGUAUGUGGCCAAAAUUGGUUCUGUUAUUCUGUAGUUAAAAAAGAUUUGGUGACUUCCAAAAAAUUGAAUUAAUUGUAGAGUACAUGUCAUUUCCAUUCAAAUCUGAUUUGGACUUUUAAAAAAUUGCAGUCAUUAUCAGUACAAAUUACUCAUUGUGCAAAAUAUCUCUUGAAAAUGAUAUAUUAACUCUGAAAAAUGACAUUUUUAUGAGGGCCCAUGCAAAAGAAGAAGAAUUUUGGGAGUUUGUGCCUAUACAGAAAUUUCCAAAUUUGAGAAGAUGCAGUGAAAUUCUACACUCAUGUUUCGGUUCUACUCCAUGAUAAUAUGACAGCAACAAUCAUAGAUAACAAUGGCUCUCAAAGUGAACCAUUCACAGUGGGAUCAGGUGUUAAACAGGGUUGUGUUAUUGCCCCAACUCUAUUGAUUAUUUUCAUUGCCAUGAUCCUACACUUUGUCAAAGGGAAACUCCCCACUGGAGUAGAAAUCAUAUAUCGAACAGAUGGAAAGCUCUUCAAUCUGAGCAGGCUGAAAGCAAAGACUUCUGUCAUAGAGCUUCAGUAUGAUGAUGACAACGUAGUGUGCGCACGCUCAGAGAAUGACCCCCAAACUAUCCUAAAUAUCUUUGCAGAAGCUUACAAAAAGCUUGGCCUAUCACUCAACAUCCAAAAAACCAAAGUGCUGCACUAACCAGUACAAAACAACCCCUCUGCAGCACCACAAAUCCAACUCAAUGGUGUAACAUUGGAAAAUGUCGAUCACUUUUCCUACCUAGGCAGUUAUCUUUCCACAAGGGCCAACAUUGAUGCCGAAAUCCAGCAUCGCCUGAGCUCUGUGAGUGCGGCUUUCUCCCUAUUGAAGUGCAGAGUGUUUGAGGACUGGGACAUUCACUCCCUAUUGAAGUGCAGAGUGUUUGAGGACUGGGGCAUUCACAGGGAAACCAAAAUGCUUGUUUACAAAGCUAUUGUACUACUAACCUUACCAUAUGCUUGUGAAACAUGGGCCACUUAUAAAAGCCAUCUCCAGCUGCUCGAAAGAUUCCAUCAGUGGUGUCUCUGAAAAAUUUUACACAUCACUUGGGAAGACAGGAGAACUAAUAUCAGUGUACUGGAAGAAGCAAAGAUCACCAGUGUCAAAGCGAUGAUUCUUCAACAUCAAAUUCAUUGGACUGGUCAUGUUGUGCACAUGCCUGAUGAAUAUCUUCCAAAGCAACUACUCGAUUCCAAACUUAAAAAUGGAGGUUUAAAGACUGGCUCAAGACAAAUCUAAAAAAUGUAGUAAAAACACUGAAAACUGUGAAACACUGGCCUGCGAGCACUUCAGUUGGAGAACAGCCUUUACCAAAGGUGUCAUGGGCUUUGAAGACACUCAAACUCAGGACGCAAGGAAGAAAUGUGCUAAGAGGAAGGCAUGCUUGGCAAAUCCACACCAUGAUCAGCUCCCACCCGGAAACCUAUGUCCCCACUGUGGAAGAAUGUGUGGAUCCAUAAUUGGCCUCCACAGUCACUUACGGACUCAUUGUUAAAACCGUGUUUAUGGAAGACAAUCUUACUUGGCUACGAAUGAUCACCAAAGAAGAAAGAAGAAGACGAUUUCCCACAUUUACUAAAUUUUGGAAGAAAGUGCUGGACUAUAUAAACAAGACACAGCGGGAAAUGUUAAGAUGCUCUUGAACUAUAUACUAGUUCUGUUGGCAACAGGACUGAGGAAAUGGAUUCUACAUACCCUAAUGGUGGCCAAGAGACAGAUGAACUGGAAGAAUAGCGAUACAAUUCCCCUUAAUCAACGGCUUGAAAACACGACAACAUUGGCAAUGUAUGAACAGACACACACUUUCUUUGAAUAAAUAUAAUGAUAUUUUGAAUGAGUUUACACAUAAUAAAUUAGUCGAAACAAAAACAAAAAAUCCUUCCAGCAGCACCUUAGAGACCAACUGAGUUUGUUAUUGGUAUAAGCUAUACCAAUAACAAACUUAGUUGGUCUCUAAGGUUCUACUGGAAGGAAUUUUUUGUUUUGUUUUGACUAUGGCAGACCAACACGGCUUCCCAGCUGUAACCAUAAUAUAUUAGGUUAUUGACAGUUAUAUGUGUAUUAGGAUAAGAAAAAUACAGCCAGAUGGGUGGUGUAUAAAUAAUAAAUUAUUAUUAUUAUUAUUAUUAUUAUUAUGUAACAGUAUUUUUUUCCAUUCUCACUCACUUUUUUAUUUAUUCCUUUUCCUCACUCUAUCUUUUAUAAAUGAAAUUCUUCUUCUAAAAGUGCCAGGUGCAAGUCACUGUGUGUAGUCAUGACAAUAGCAAGUCAUGACAAUAGCAGAGUCCUAUAUUAAAUCUCUGAGAUAAAGGGAGGACUGCAACUCUGGGCCUCUUUGUUUUGUCGGCAGGCGGAACGCUUGAUGAAGCAGAUUGGGGUGGAAGGAGUAAAGCUGGCAGAGCAUGAGAUGAUCAUUGCCGCUCACCUGGUGGUUCCAAAGGAUAUCAAGGUAGGUGGCCAGGCUGCUGCUCCUCUUGACAAAACGCAAGAGAGUUUUGAGGCUCUCUAAUCUGCUGAAGAAAAAUGGACAGGGAAAAAAAAGUUGCACAUAUCUUAGUUCUGAAAUGAGAUUGUGUGGGUUCACACCAGAAUUAGUAAUUCAGAUCUGGAACUUUAGCACUUUGCAGCACAUCAAUAUAGACUGUUGGGUCUUUGACUGGUGGGUUGGGACCCACUCUCAGGUCAUGACCUGAUCCAAGAUGGGUCACAACAGCAGCACAACCACCAGGCGAAAUACCACUCUACAAAUGGCAAACAAUUAAGACAUGGGCCCCAUAUGUCUGUUUGGGUCAGUUCUUUAAAAAGGAUGAAAAUUGCUGAUGUAGACAACCCUUUAAACCAAGAAUAGAUAGAAAAGGUCCCUACCCCAAAGAGCUUAGUCUGAAUGGUUGGUUAUAAUGGAGGAAAAACAGUGACAGAAUGAAUAGAAAAGCCAAGGAUAACAGGAAAAUAGUGCAGUUACAUUUAGAUUCAAAUUUCUAACCUUUGUUAGUCCCUUUGUUAUCUGCCAACUGCUCACAGCUUGUCCCACCUACAGGUAACUUGGAAGGACAUUGCAGGCCUGGAUGAGAUGGUCAGCGAACUCCAGGACACUGUGAUCCUCCCAUUCCAGCGGCGACACUUGUUGCAGCACUCCAGGCUCUGCCAGCCCCCAAGAGGUAUUUAUUUUGGAACAAGGGGCAAUUUACUAGUUACUCAAUAUCAUUUUUGAGACUUAAGGAAAGUGUUUCCUUCCUUUUAAAAUCUGCAUUAUUUAGCCAAACCCUACAUAUCAAAUGAGUUAUUAUGGUCAGAGGGUUAGUUUGCUACCUGUUGUCCACUUAAGAAACUUGCUGGGUAUGUACAAGUGACUCCCCAUUUACCCAGGGGUUCUGUUCUGGGCCCCCACACACAAAAGCAAAAUUGCAUAAAACGGCCUGCCAUUCCUUCAUCUCCCGCAAGCCGGGGUGGGGGUGGGGGUGGAGCUUCCACAGCUGACACACGCAGGGAGGGAUGGCGGGGCUCGGCUAAGAGCUGCUCCCCGUUUCCAGGAACCACUUCUGGGGACCUGGCACCACACAUGCACACAAACAGAACAUACAUCAACGCGGAAUUGCCUCAGUCAGUUGGGCAGCAGCAAGAGCAGCAUUAGGUAUUAAACAUUAAUACUUCCAUUAGCAUUUUUCCGUCGACAACAAAAACAACAUUUCCCCCAGCUUGAAAGCGUUAUUCCAACAGAAUUAAAUUAAAUGCUCUACUCAGUUUAAAUUUAACAAAUCCCUCCAAAUCAAAGCUACUUUAAUUAAAGUUCCGAUUAGUGCACACAUUCACGGUCAAUUACACUAAUAGGUGGACUAAAUUGCCUCUAAGGUACCUUACAACUCUAAGUCUCAUGUGAUUCUGUUUUUUAAAAAGGCUGCCCACCACACUCCAAUAUUCUUCCUUCAAAUUGUGUCAGUCAGCACUCCAAAUAAAAUGACAUUCUGGAUAUCCUGAGCCAAAAGCUGUAAGGGGUGCGAGUGCUCAGCAAGAUGACAGAAACACGACGCCUCUGUUUCUGCUGCUUGUCUGAGAUGGUGAAACAGAGGAUUGUAUCCAAUGCUUGUCCUACUCAGAGAAGACCAACUGAAUAUAAUGAAGAAGAGUAAAUUAUGUCCAUCAUUUUCAAUGGGUGCACUCUGAGUAGAACUUAUAUGGACACACCUCUGAGACACUGGCAAACUACAGUACAUAGAAGGAUGGGGGGGGCUGAAUUUUUCUUGGUGGGUCACAAGUUGUGCCCAUUGUCCCUUUCCUAAAAUGGUUACUGUAGUUAGAAUAUGAGUUGUUGGUGCAGUGCACAUGGGCACAAAUGUGCCUGCAGAGGUUUCCCUGAAGCCUGCAGGGUCCCUUUCCUUGCAAUGCUGGAGUUAGGCUUGAAAGAAGCAUUCUGUUAUAGACAAGAGAAGCCUUUUUCUAAGGGGGGUGUCAACUCUCCCUUCUCCUGUUCUGAAACGCCCACCUCACAAAACAGAUGUUGGCACCUGAGACAAACCACUAGUGUCCCCCUCCCUGCUAGGGAAGAAAGGGUGAAUGAAGAUCUACAUCGGGAUCUGCUGCCCUGAGAUGGUCACCUCACCUUGCCUGAUUGUUGUGUGUGGAGCGAGAGAUCUUCCUGGAGAUGGCAGCCGGGGAGGAAUGCUUAUCUUUUGCCUCCCCAGCUGCCCUCUGCAAGAAGACCACUCUCUAACUAGGCUGGGGUGGGGUGGGGAGAGAAGCACAUUUUCCAAGCCUAAUGGUUGGGGGAGUGUGCAAGUAUUUGCUGUGUAGACAUAUGCGUGUGGCUGCAGUGCAUGUGUGCAUGAUUGUGGUAUGUACAAUGCCCACAAGUUUCUCUGAUCUGCACAUCUGCCCAUGAGCCCCAGAGGGCUGGCAAUCUUUGAAUUAGAAAAUUGUUCCUGGUGGGCUUUAUAAUACAAUCAGAAAGUGGGGAUGAACUUCUCACAUAAAAAAGGGAGGUAGACUGUGAACCUGUGCUGAUGGGUUUUUCCUUGCUACCAGGUGUCUUGCUUUAUGGCCCUCCGGGUUGUGGGAAAACCCUUCUUGCCAAAGCAACAGCCCAGGCUUCAGGAUGCAGGUUCAUCAACCUGCAAGCAUCUACGCUGACGGACAAAUGGUAUGGAGAGUCACAGAAGCUCACAGCUGCCGUCUUCUCACUGGCAACCAAGCUUCAGCCCUGCAUCAUUUUCAUAGAUGAAAUAGGUAAUGUUUGUAUCCCUUCCUCCCAUAUCCCAACAUCAGCGUCCUCUGCCAUGGUUGCCUCUCCUUACUCUUAAGUCACUUCUAGAUCUCUUUUACACUCUCAGUCUCCCAGCCAAUUCCUCCUUCCCUUCCUUUCUUGAACAUAUAAAGGUAAGAAUUGCUCUGUCAUAUCAGGCUAAAGAGCCACCUGGGCCAGUGUUCUGUUUCUUCCAACAACCACUGGUUAGAUAGCUCUAAUAAUGCUCAAACAUCCUGCGAAGGUAAGGAAAAGGAGUAAAAGACCCUCUUGCUCCUUCUCUACCCAGUCAGUCACUGUGCUCUGCAGGUGAGGGCCUCCUGCAGAUACCACCUUCUCCAGUGGUUCAGACUGCAGAAUAUAGGAAUCAGGCUCUAGUGUUGCGGCUCCUACCCUUUGGAAUUCCCUCCUGUUAAAUAUUAGGCACAGACUAUCCAUGUUUUCAAUGCCUACUGAAGACUACACUUGAUCUUAGUCAAAAGGCCAAGAAGCUGUUGAUUUUAUGAAGUUUAUCUCACUACACUGCGGGCUGUAUAAACAAGCCAGGGAUCAAUUAAUUAAAAUUUUAAUGGCAAAUUUACCUGGGAAUUCUGAAACCUACUAUCUCAAGUAUCUACUCAAAGAUAUGACAAAUUAUUACCCUGGCUGUGGCAAAAUUUCUCUCGGAGGUAAUAAGAAUUAGAAAUAAACAUGCUCCGGAUAAAACACAGUGACUCUCCUGGAAUAUUUUCUAUGUAUUCCUGCUUUAAGAAGGUCUCUGGACUGUAAUAAAGAAUGUGUUUGCCUACUGUGUGCCUACUAAAGACCCUGCUCUUUCACAAGCCUUUUUUUUAAAAAAUAUUUUAUUAAGGAUUUUCUUGUUUUACAGAAGUAAGUGUAAUGCCUCGUAUUUUUUUUUCCAUGUAACAUUUUUACAAAUCUGUUUCAUUUGUUGAGGCAUUAGGGGGAGAAGAAAAAAAGGAAAAAAGAAAGGGGGGUGGAGAGAGGGAAGAUGGAUGGGGUGGGGUCGGGUGGCGGUGUUUCUAUUAUGUUUAAUGUAUGUAGAGUUUGGUGUCAGCAUUGCUUGUGUUGUUCACUUGUGUUCCUUUGGUGGUGAGAGAGGUUGGGGUUGGCCUAGGGUGUGAUUGUUUGCUUGUGAUUGGCUGUGCUGAUCUUUGUUUUCGUGUGUGAGUGAGGUGGGUGGGUGUUUUGGAUCAGGUUAGCCAUAUUGAUUUGUAUGCUGUUGGUGGAUUAUUGUCAUUGUCCUGUUGGGCUGUGUGUGUGAUAAAGGGGAGCCAUACCGGGGUGAAGGUGUCUUCUUCUGUUUGUCCCCGUGUCAGUUUCAGUUUAUUAGUUAAUUUUUCUAGUAGGGCUGUUUCCCAUACUAUUUGGUACCAUUGGUCCAUGUUUACUCCUGACAGGUCUCUCCAGUGUCUGGUUAUGGUGUUUCUGGCUGCUGAAAGUAGGUGGGUUAUGAGUUCUUUGUGGUGUAAAUUGGCAUUGUUGUCUUGGAAGAUGUUUAGUAGGGCCAAUUCUGGGGUGAUGUCUAUUACUUGCUUAGUUAUUUUACAUAUUUCUUGUAUGGCUGUUGUCCAGAAUAGUUGGAUUUGGGGACACUCCCACCACAUGUGGAGGUAUGUGCCUGUGGAGGUGCACCCUCUCCAGCAUUUUGGUGAGGUUCCUGGGUGUAUUAGCGCUAGUUUCCUUGGUGUUAGGUACCACCUGUAGGUGAGUUUCAGUGUGAGUUCUUUUCUUUUCGUUGAUAUGGAUUUAAAGGGGGGUUUAGACCACAUUCUGGUCCAUUGAGUGGGGUUAAUCUCAGAGCCUAUGUCAUUCUCCCAUUGUUUUUUGAUUGCAUCUAGGGGAUUUGCAGGAUUUUGGAGUAGUAUUUUGUAUAUUGCGGAUACCGUCCCUUUACCGUUUCCCUUUGUUGUUAGGAGGAGGUUUUUGAAGGUUACCAGGGGCCUAGUUGCUGCUGAUUUUACUGUUGGGUUGUUUAAGAGGGCAUGUAGUUGGUGUUGUGUUAACCAGGGCAUUUGGGUGUCUUCUAGUUUGUCUUGUAUUUCUUGUGUUGACAAGGGUUUGUUAUUUUUAUAAAAGUCUAUUAGGCGAUAUAAGCCUUUGGUUUGCCAGGUUUUUAUCUGGAGGUUUUGUGCUGCAUGAUGGAAUAAUGGGUGGUACGUGUAAUGAGUAUGGGUUGCUCGUGCGUAAGUUGCCGCCUCUCCUGGCUAUGUUGCCUUGUUAAACCUUUCUGUCUGGACAGCCCUUCACUUCGUGGCUGCCUCAGUCGCUAGCAGAAUCCGUCAGUGGGCGUUUCUUAAACCUUUUCCAACAUAAAAGUUGUUUGACGCCAAGUCUCCUCCUACUCUCCCUGCACGGAAGCCUUCUGCGCAGGGAGGGCAUGGGUAGCGGAGGACCCGUGCUCUCCCCGCUGGUGUCCGGUGAAGAGUCCUGGAGCCCUCUCGCCGAUUCCCCCAUCUGCCCCCCUUUAUCCCUGGUGUUGCGCUGAUUUGCUUCCCCAUCUGCUGAGCUGCCUCUCUCCCUGCUGGGCCCUUCUCCAGCAUCAUUUGAGAGCCUUCCCUCCGCCUCUAGCUCCGAUGUCAGUUCCCUGACAGUACGCCAGGGGGAUUAGUGGGGAUGGGGUUGGGGAUAGUUUGCCUAUUUGUGUUUUCCAUGCUUUGAGCAUGGUCUGUGUGUACCUGUUAAGUGUUGUGGGAAUUUUCUUUAGUUUGUUUGGGAGGAGUGGGUAUGUUGUGGUGCAGGUAUUUUCGAUUGUGUCCCUCUCUAGGUGUACCCAUUGUUUUGUCUCAUCUUCUAGUAUAUAUGGGAUUAUAUGGCGUAUUUGGUUGGCAUUGUAAUAUGCUUCUAUGUUGGGGAUUCCCCAUCCUCCUUCUGAGGUGAGGAGGUGCAGGUAUUUGAGGCUUAUUCUUGGUUUUUUUAUGUGAGAAGAUGAAAGAGUGUAGUUUUCUCUGCCAACUGCGAAGUUGGGUUGAGGGGAUCCAGAUUGGGAGGGUUUGGAAUAGGUAGGUUAGUUUUGGGAGUGUGAUCAUUUUGAUCAUGGCUAUUUUGUCUGAGAGAGUGAAAUUCAUGUUAUUCCAUCUCUUUAGGUCUUUGUUAAUUUGUCGCCACAGGGGCUUGUAGUUGUGGAGGUACAAUUUAUUGAGGUUUCUGGUUAUUUGUACCCCUAGGUAUCUGAACUUGGUGUGGCAAAGUUUUAUUUUGGUGACCUUCGUGAGUUCUUUUUGGGUGUGAGGAGGGGUGUUGAAGCACAUAGCUUCUGAUUUUGUAAAAUUUACCUGUAGGCCCGACACCAUUGCAAAUGUGUUGAGUUCUCUGAUUAGGGAGGUUGCUGUGCUUAUGGGGUCUGGUGUUGUGACCACUAGGUCAUCUGCAAAGAGCCCUAAUUUAUAGGUUCUGCCUUUUAUUUCCACUCCCUUGAUGUCUGUGGCUGCUCGGAUGCGGAUUGCUAGGGGUUCCAGAGCCAGGAUAAAUAAGAAGGGAGACAGUGGGCAUCCUUGUUUCGUGCCUCUUUGGAUAGCUAUAGUAUUAGAAUCCAUAUUGUUAGUUCUGCAUUUUGCUGAGGCUUGGGAGUAUAUUUGUUUGAGGAUUUGUAGGAAGUUGGGGCCAAAUUUCAUGUUAGUUAGUACUGCUAAUAUGUAUUUCCACUCUAAGCAAUCAAAGGCUUUGAGGAUGUCUAGGGACAUAAUUGUCAAUGGGAGUUUGGUUGCCUUGCUGUGUUCAAUCAGGUUCAGUAGUUUCCUGAUGGGGUCUGUUAUAUUGUGGCCAGGGACAAAGCCAGUCUGGUCUGGGGCUAUUAACUUGUGUAGGAAGAUUUUUAGGCGGUUGGCCAAGAUUGAUGUGAAUAUCUUGUAGUCUUGGUUUAUUAAUGAGAUUGGGCGGUAUGAUUCUACUUUGAGGCUGUCUUUUAGCGGUUUUGGGAUGGAGACUAUUUUGGAGUGGGUCCAGGUUUUGGGGAUGGGGCCCCCCUUUUAUGAUGUCGUUGAAUAGGCGGGUCAUGUAGGGCAUCAAGGGUUCUUUGAAUUUCCUAUAGAAUUCUGCUGUGAAGCCAUCUGGGCCUGGGGCUUUGUGUGGUUUCAGGUUUUUGAGGACCGCAUCUAUUUCCUCUAGGGUGAUAGGGCUGUCCAUGAAUUCCUGUUCCUCAUCAGUUAGGGUAGGCAUGGUCAGUCCUGCUAGAAAUGUUCUGAUUUCCUUCUCUGGUGGGUUAUGGGAGGUGUAUAGGUUGGAGUAGAAUUCUGCAAAUUCUGAGGUUAUUUCUUCGGGGGAGAAUGUUAUGUUGCCGUCUUUUUUGGUGAUGCAGUGUAUUCUUGUUUUGAGUGCUUUUCUCCUACAUCUAUUUGCUAGUAAUCUGGAGUUUUUCCCCUCCAUAUUCAUAGAAACGUUGUUUAGAGUAUAGAAUGUUGAUCAUUGUUUUGUUAAUUUCUAGGGAGUCUAGUUCUCUCCUUUUUUGUUCUAUAAGUUUGAGGAGUUUUUUAGAUCCUGUUUGUUUGUAGCGUGAUGAGAGGGCUGUGAUGUCUUGUUCUAUUUUGCUAAUUUUUGAGGAGGUUUGUUUUUUAAGGAAUAUUUUCUCUUUUAUGCAAGCUCCUCUGGUGACCGCUUUCAUUGCGUCCCAUAGGAGGGGGGUUGUUAUAUUGUUUACAUCGUUUUCCUUGAAGUAGUUUUGGAGGGUUUUUGUGAGAUUCUCUCUAAUUUGUUUGUUUGUAGUUAGGAUGGGACUGAAGGACCAUGAUGGGGUGGUUUGUGUUCCUUCUCCUAUUUUAACGAUGACUUCUACUGGGGCGUGAUCUGUGAUUUUAAUGUUACCUAUGUUUGUUGAUUCCACUGAGGGGAUCAGACCCUGUGUGAGUAGAAUGCUGUCCAAUCUGGAUACUGUAUCAUGGCGUCCCGAUUGGAAUGUAUGGCUGAUGUCUCCCGGGUUUUGCUCACCCCAAAUGUCGUAGAGACCCCUGUUUUUUAGCAUUUUUAGUAACUUGUAAGGGUUCCUAGUUGUUGGGGGUUUCCUUCGGAGGAAGGUUGCCCAUGGGGUUGUAGGGUGGAUAUCUUUCAGGGAUAUACCUUUCAUAUUUAGAUUGAGGUCCCCUCCUAGGAUUGCUCCCCUUCAGAGACGGAGAGGAAUUUGUUUAGUGUCUUCUGGAAGAAUUCUAAUUGUUUCGUGUUUGGGGCAUAUAUGGAGCCAAUUAUCAGUUUGAUUUUGCCAUCUAGUGUCCCUUUAGCGAAAAUGAAUCUGCCUUUUUUGUCCUUGAGGACUAUUGUGGCAGUGAAGUUCAGGUCUCUACUGAGUAUUAUGGCUACACCAUGAGCUUUCCCUGAGCCUCAUGCGACCCACUGUUGACUGAAGCGGGGGUCGCUCAGGAGUUUGCUGCCUUUGGGUGGGUUGUGUAUUUCUUGUAGGAAGGUGAUGUGUGGUUUCAUGGUGUUUAUGUAUGAGGUGAUGCGUUUUCUUUUGAUGGGGUUUCCCAGCCCCUCACGUUUAAUGUAAUUGCUUUUAGGUUAGCCAUCUUGCUUAUCUAUUAUGUGGGGCGAUUCCCUGCCAACCCGUUUGGGUUGUCUUGUAUCUCUCUCUUCGUGUUGUUUAAAGAACCAGUGGGGUUGCGCUGACCUAGGGUGUGGUGGGUGGGGGGCUAAUGGGAUUAGAGUAAGAUUUGGGUUAAAGAGUAGGGGGUAAGUUGUAGAGAGUUUCCUAUAUGUAGUCAUAUAGGUAUUUGUUUGGGGUAUUUUAGGCCAUCUGGCAUUUAGCCGGUUGGUCCUAGGUCUCAGCUGGUGUAGAAGGCCGUGUUCAAGGACAGGCCAUCCCCCCUGUUGUUUGCGAUAGGGGGUGAUCAGUGAGCCAGUGUGAAGUGACUUUGUAACGUCGCUGUCAGGUAUAAGGUUCAUAAGCAAUGUUGCCAAUGUUAUGAGCAACAUUGUUGGUGUGUUGGGGUGGGGAUGUGGGUGCUGGUAUGCUCUGGUGCCACCAUAGUGCUGGUUGGGUAUCAGAUUUUAGCCUGAUUGUGGGUUGUGUUAUUAAGGUUGGAGGAGUUGAUUUUUCUUAGUAUGGAGUAUGGGGAUGUUGAAGGUGUGGGUGAUGGGGAAUGUGGUUGAGGUCGUCUGGACUGGUGUUGGGGUGGGGAUUUCUGUGGGGGUGCGGGGCUGGGGGGGGAUGUUGAUGGUGUUAACUAAAUCUAUGGUGGGGGGGGGAGAGGGGGAAAGGGGGGGGAAUCACCAGUCCUUCAGUUUGUGUUUUUUUCCUGGUUGCUUCAUUCAGCUGGGGUUGUUGUUGUUGUUGUAGGGUUGUCCAUCUGCGAUGAAUUGGCUUGGUUAAUCUUGGUCUGGUUUCUUGUGUCGUAUGGCUGGCGGGACGAUUCUGAGCGUGAUGCUUCUCUGUAUUGGUUUGCAUUGUUGUGCCGCUUCUGUUGUUUCUUUUUCUUCUGUACCGUCAUCCAGUUGUUUGCUGUUGUUUCCUCCUGGUUGGGGCUGUCACUUGGUGGGUUUGUCGGUUGCCAUUCCGGUGGGAGGUUGAGUUCAAGGUUCUUUAGUAGUUGCAGGGCCUCAGGUAUGUUGGUAGCCAUGUGUUGUGUUGUAUUGGUUGUUACAAUGAGGCGGAAGAGGAAGCCCCAUCGGUAUUUGAUCCCUGCUUGUUGGAGACGCUGGGUGCAUGGGCGCAAGCUUUUCCUCCGGUUUAGGGUAUCCUGAGAUACGUCCUGUAAGGCAAGAAUGGGGAUUUCUCCAUAUCGAAGGUUGGUUGAGUUUCUGAGGUGGUUCCAUACCUCUUCCUUCUUUUUGUAGCGUGUGAAGCAUACAAUGAUGUCUCUUGGGGGGGGGCGCUGGGUUUUGGCAUAGGUUUUAGGGCUCUGUGAGCCCUCUCCAAGUCAUCUGCCUCAAGUUUCAGGCUUGGGAUUGUGUUUUUCAGCCAGCGUAUAAUUAGGUCUGCUGGGCUUUUCUCCUCUGUUUUUUCAGGAAAGUUGCGGAAGCGGAUGUUACAACGUCUAUUGCGGUCUUCAAGGUCGGCUUGCUUAAUUUUCAUCUCUCUGUGUUCUGCUUCCAUUUGGUUUACCAGUUCGUCCAGUUUCUUGUUCACACGUGCAUUCUCUUCCCGGUAUUGCUCUAUUAUUCUUUCUUGCAUUUGGUUCUUGUUCUCUAGAGCUUCCACUUUGGAGGUUAGAUUGUUGAUUAGUACCUGCAUGGGAGCCAUUGUGGCCUUCAGUGUUUCUUCUAAUCGUGCUUCUAAUCUUGCUUCCAUUUCCCUCAAAUCUCGUUUCGUUAUUGGGUGGUCAUCAUCUUGAAGGGGAGUUACCGUCUUAGCAUUGUUUGCCAUCUCCUUGCUUGGUGUCAUCUCAGUCUCCCUGAUGGUUUUGGUUUGAGGUUGGCUUGGCAUCCUCUUGGAGUAGGGUGUGUGGUGGUUAGGAGUUGUGGCAGUGGUGAUUCCUGGGUAUUGUUGGGUUGCUGAGCUGAUCAGGCGUUCUUGGCUGGUGGCUUUUACAGAGCGUUUGGAUUAGGUGGUCAUUUGUGUCACUUCUAGCCUGUGUUUUAAGAACUUCUCUAGGGUUUCUGUAGUUGCCUCAGCGGUGCCGCCAAAGCGGGGGGGGGGGGGCAGGUAAGCAGAGAUCCUUUCACAAGCCUUUUAAGUAGAACUCUUUCCCAGUCCAUGUCUGUAAUGGAAUUAUUUUUAGAUUCUUUAUUUUAUCCCUUGUGUGUUUGGAACCCUGGGCUCCUUUGGGAGGAAAAGAGAUAUAUAAAUGUAAUAAAUAAAUAAGCAAAUUAAUCUUUAAAGUGUUGCAACAUUGCUGUUUUUGCUACAACAGGCUAAGGCUGCAAUGAUAUACCCACUUUUCUUAGAGUUAAUAGCAUUGAAUUCAGUAGGACUUCUGAAUUCUGAGUAGACAUACUUAUAUAGGAUUGCACUGUACAAUCUAUUUUUUAUAAAACAAUUUUUAUUGGUUUUUACAAAUAUUUUCUUGCAUGACACUAUAUUUUGCACAAAUAAAACAUUUGGCUUAAUGGGCCUGUGAUUUCCCUCCUCCCCGACAACUGGUUUUCAAAUUUAAUCUCAAUAUACUGCAUUUUCCUGUAUUUCUUCUUGUUAUUAAAUUAUAUCCUUUUAAAAUUACUUAAUUAACUGUAUUUAACAAUAAAUGAUAAUUUCAUCCUUACUGAAUUUCUUAUAACCCUACUAGCGAUGUUAACUGUUUACAGUUGUCUUCCAAAUAUAUCAUAAAUUUCUUCCAAUCUUUCUGAAAUGCCUGGUCCUGCUGAUUCUGGAUUUUUCCCGUCAGCUUUGCCAUUUCUGCAAAGUCUAACAGCUUCAUCUGCCACUCUUCUUUCAUCGGUAACUCUUCUUGCUUCCAUCUUUGGGCUACUAAUAUUCUUGCUGCGGUUGUUGCAUAUAAAAAUAAUAUUUUAUCCUGCUUGUGUAUUUCCCUAUCUACUACACCUAAUAGAAAAACUUAUGCUUUUUUAUAUAUAUACGUAUAUUUCAAUAUUUUUAAAAGUUCAUUAUAUAUCAUUUCCCAGAAAGCUUUCACCUUCUUACAUACCCACCACAUAUGAUAAAAAUUUCCCUCUUUUCCUUUACAUUUCCAACAUAAAUUAUUUGUUCUAUACAUUUUUGCUAAUUUCCCUGGUGUUAGGUCCCAUCUACACAUAAUUUUAAUUUAAUGAGCUACACAUAAUUUUAAUUUAAUGAGCUCUUUUAAUGAGCUACAAGCAGUUAAAUUUAUUUCAUCUUUCAACAAUCUUACCCAAUCUUCUAGCAUUAUAUUAUGCCCAAUAUAUAAUGUAUCAUUAGUGUAUCAUCAAUGUGUAUCACCAAUAUAUAAUGUAUCAUCAGUGUAUCAUUACAGAUUUUCUUCAUCUUUUGUAUGCCAUUCCAACAGUAACUUACACAUUUUUUACAAUAUUUUUACUUUAUUGCUUAAUAAAUCUAUUUCAAAUCUAGAUCUUAUAGCUUCAAAUCCAUUUUUAUUUUUAUCUUCUCUAAACACUUCAUUUAUUUGACAAUAAUGCAACCGUUUACUAACUCUUUUAUCUCCUCAAAGGGUUUCAAUUUCCAUUGAUUGUCUGUUUCUAGUAACAAAUCUCCAUAGGUGGCCCACUUAUCCUCCAUAUUUAACUUUUUAACAGUUGUCGCUUCUAGCGUUAAAAGCCACCAAGUUGUUUUCCGUUCUAAUAAAUUCUUGUAUCUAUUCCAAACCUCAUAGAUUGAUUUUUCGGAUUACAGUAUGUGGUUCAGAAAACCUUUAACUUUUUCAUACCAUAAGUAUGCAUGCCACCCAAAUUGUUAUUAAAUCCUUCCAAAUCUAAUAAAUCUGUAUUUUUAGCAAUAUCCAAUCUCUUAUCAACAAAGACAAGAAGCUUCAUAAUAUAAUUUCAAAUCUGGUAGGGAGAAACCCCCUCUCUCUUUGGCAUCUGUAAGUAUCUUAUUCUUUAUUCUUGGUUUCUUCCCUUGCCAGACAAAUUUUGUUAUUAUUUUUUGCCAUUCCUUAAAAAUACUUACACCACUUAUCAUUGGUAUUGACUAAAAUAAAAAUAUCAUUUUGGGUAGCACAUUCAUUUUAAUUGCUGAUAAAUUAAUUCUUCCCCACACUUCUAAAUCUCUUUUGAUUCCAUUCCAAACCGGUGUGUAAUUGUCUUUAAAUAAAUUUAUAUUUUUAGAUUUAGAUGUUAACCCAUGGGUAGGCAAACUAAGGCCCGGGGGCUGAAUCCGGCCCAGUCGCCUUCUAAAUCCGGCCCAGGAACGGUCCAUGUAGAGUAGAAUGUGUCCUUUUAUUUAAAAUGCAUCUCUGGGUUAUUUGUGGGGCAUAAGAAUUCCUUCAUUAUUUUUUCCCCAAAAUAUAGUCCAGCCCCCCACAAAGUCUGAGGGACAGUGGACCGGCCCCCUGCUGAAAAAGUUUGCUGACCCCUGUUCUAGAUUGUACAGGGCUGACCCCUGACUAAGACAACAGGCAUAUAUAUAUAUACCUCCAUUAUUGUGCUAUGUUACUAUUCUGUUAGCAGAAGGAUUUCCACAUGCACAAGAAAGCUGACAAUCACAUCUCCGAUACUAAAAUGUAUGCGGUGCCAUCUCUGUCACUGAAUGAAGAAGGGUGUUGAAGGAGUUGAAUACAGGCAAUGACCAAUUAAUGUACAUUCAGAGGGCACAUGACGAACCCACCAGUGACCUGAAAACGUCACUCAACAUGUCACAAAAAUAUAGUCCAGCCCCCCACAAAGUCUGAGGGACAGUGGACCGGCCCCCUGCUGAAAAAGUUUGCUGACCCUUGUGUUAACCAGACUCCUAAAUAUUUUACCUUUUUUACCAUCUCUAUACCUAUUUUGAAGACAGGAGUGCCUGGCAUGCUCUGGUCCAUGGGGUCACGAAGAGUCGGACACGACUAAACAACAACAUACCUAUUUUGCAUUGCAGUUUGUAUUUCACAUGUUCUUCCGUAUUUUUAACAAGCAUUUUGUUAUCUUUUUGUUUAAUUUAAAUCCUGCUACUUGUCCAAAUUGUUCUAUUCGCUCCUACUUCUACCAGAAGCACUACUAUCCAGUUCUUCUACUGCACUAGAUAACGGUUCUACUAUUAUAACUAGAUCAUCUGCAAAGGCUUUUAAUUUAUAUUCUUUUCGACCAAUAUUAAUUCCUUUUAUCUUUUCUCUUGUUUUCAUAUUUCUCAACAAAACUUCCAGGACAGUUAUAAACAAUAACGGUGAAAGAGGGCAACCUUGUCUAGUACAUUAUGUUUCAUCUGUCAUCCAGGAAGAAAGCCUGCUUGGUCUUCAUGUAUCAUACAUUUUAGAACUCCAUUCAAUUUGCUACGAUGCUUGCAAACAUCUUAUAAUCAUUAUUUAACAGUGAGAUAGACCUAUAAUUUUUAACCUGGGUUAAGUCUGCCUCCUGCUAGGUAUCAACAUGAUAAAUGCUUCUUUCCAUGUACCUAGGAUAUCUCCCUUUUCAAAGAUAUUGUUCAUCAGAUCAAUCAAAGGUGUCAAUAAAAUUUGACUUAAUUUUUUAUAAUAUUUUGCCGUGAAUCCAUCUGGUCCUGGUGCCUUUCCUAUUUUAAGUCCAUCAUUGCUGCUUGUAUCUUGUAUGUUAUUGGUUGAUUCAGUCAUACUUUUUUCUCUAUCGGAAACUCCCGCAGGGCUCCCUAGGCUGUGGAUAUCUGCCCGAAGCGCGGGGCGCUCUGCUUCAGUGCGCCCCGUGCUCCGUGCAGCAGGCUGCUAUCCGCAGCCUAGAGAGCCCUGCAGGAACUCCUGCAAGCUCCCCAGACUUGCUGAUAGCUUCCUGAAGCCUGGAGAGCGAGAGGGGUCGGUGCGCACCAACCCCUCUUGCUCUCCAAGCUUCAGCGAAAGCCUGCAUUCGCCCCAUAGGACACACACAGAUUUCCCCUUCAUUUUUGGAGGGGAAAAAGUUUGUCCUAUAGGGUGAAAAAUACGGUAAUUCAAAGGGGUCUUCUCCCCCCCCAAUAGAAUAAGUCUUUAAGUGUCAGAUAGGCAGGACGUCCGUAUUAAAUCCCAAUACGAUCAGGACCCGCUGUAGGGAAAUUUAUACAAACGUUACACUUUGGAAGUAAAGUCAUUCACUUUAAAGUCUCUCUGAGGCGGGAUUGACCUCCUUAUUUUCACCUCACCACUUUGCUGAAUCUUCCACUAAUUUAGUCCACUACUUUCACUCUUCAUUCAAUUUUAGAUUCAAUUGUAAAUAUCAUGGAAAAUCUGUCACUCUAUCCCAUAGGAGCCUGAGGCUUCGUUUCAGAGUUAGAAGAUGACUCCUUAGUGCUCGCAUCUCAAUCUCACCAGUCUUCUCCACUCCUUUAAGGAGCGAUUCGGACGGUGGAGAGAACGCUCCUGAGCGCAGCUGGGUACCCAACACCUGAAACAAACCUUUCAGGGUUGUUAGGAGUCCGCAGCACCUUUGCGCGACCCCAAUUUCUCUAUGAAAUCGGACUUUCCCCGGAGACCUAAAUCCACUCUCCUUCUUGGUCUGCAACAGACCGGAAGUCUGCGCUGUACAGUCUAGAACAGGGGUCAACUUUUUCAGCAGGGGGCCGGUCCACUGUCUCUCAGACCUUGUGGGGGGCCGGAAUAUAUUUCGGGGGUGGUGGUGAAUGAAUUCCUAGGCCCCACAAAUAACCCAGAGAUGCAUUUUAAAUAAAAGCACACAUUCUACUCAUGUAAAAAUACACGGGCCGAAUUUAGAAGGCGAUUGGGCCGGAUCAAGCCAUCGGGCCUUAGUUUGCCUACCCGUGAUCUAGAAGGAGGAAGGGGUGUAGCUCAGUGGUAGGAGGCUGGGAUUUUUCUAGCACAAACACUUCUUCUAAAUAAAUGUACCCAAUGUAGCUAAAACCAGCAGAUACCACUGCUUGUAAACCUCAGAUUUCAUCAGGCUUUAGGAAAACUCAUCAGUGGUUCCCAGUGUCCUGCUUACAUAGUUGGGACAACUGAUGGUGUAAGGAAGCAAGAUACCCAUUGAAGCAGAAGACAAAAACAAGACAGAAACCUGUAUCUCCCAUCUCCUUAAUUGCAACUGGAAAUAUUAGCAAGAACUCCUGAAAAACUAUCAAAAUGUCCACCAAAUGCUAAGGAUUAAUAUGGGCUGCAGCAGUGAACAACGGCUGCUUAUUGCUCACCUCUCCAGACUCGCAUCCAUACUUGAUCACCCAGUUGUACAUCUCUUAAACAUGCCAGUCUUUGCCACUCUCCUUAUGGUGAAGUAUGUUGGUUGCUAGGUAUGGAAACUGGUCAGAAUGGAGGCUGGUGAAUAUUGGUGUAAUGGCUGAUUUCACAAAAGCACUAAUCACUCCCCUAAACCAGGACAGAGUGGGCUUCCUCUCUGUGGUUCCUAGAAGGAAGAGGGAUUGGGGUGAUUCUGUCCAAGAUUAAAGGUGGCAUAAGGACGUAAGAAGAGCCCUUCUUGCUCAGGCCAAAGGCUCAUCUGUUCCAGCGCUCUGUUCUCACAAUGGUUCACCAGAUGCCCAGGUGAGGCCUGCAUGUGGAUUCUGAGUGCAACACACCCGCCCCACCUGCAGCUCCUAGCAGCUAGUAUUUGAAGACAUAUUGCAGCAGAGGCACAGCAUAGCCAUCAUACCCAGCAGCCACUGGUAGCAGGUUCCCGAUUCAACUGACCAUGUUCUUCUCCCUCUUGCUCUUGCCAGCAACGAUUCAUAAGAGGGCAGAGAGAUCUGCAAACAUGUAGGACCUUCCAAAUGAAAUCACUGAUGACCUAGAAAGAACCAGAAUUCCACUGCAUUUCAGCAUUCUUUAUAAUAUGAAUGAAAAUGUUGCCAAGAUAUCAAUUUAAGAGAUGGGUGUCAAAACAGACACCAGCACAGGGAAAACAACAGAAGCCCAGUCCUUUUGGCUAAACUGUUCUUUUUCUCCCUCCUGUCAGAUGCCUUCUUGAGGAACCGCUCCGAAGCUGACCAUGAAGCCACUGCCAUGAUGAAAGCAGAGUUUAUGAGCCUUUGGGAUGGUCUGGAGACUGGAACCAAUUGCCAGGUACCACCACCUAGCUCAGUUGAUGCAAACAAGCCAGGGGCAACCAGUGCUCCUUCCCUCCUGUUAUACAUUUGCCUCUUCUAAGGUGAUGCCUGCUCCAUGCAUGGGUCACCUAAAAAGUAUGCUCUCUUAUUUUAAAAAAAGAGUACAGGUGUUCCUUCCACUUACACUGGGGUUACAUUCUGGGCCCCUGUGUGCAUAAGCAAAAAUUGCAUAAGUGGGGAACACCCUUAAACACCCUUUAAACGCCCUCUCUGCCACACUCUCUCCAAUCCAGACAAAAAAUACUGUAUCUAAAAAUAGCCACAACUAGAGUUGAAGCUCGGAGCCUGGAGGAUGCAGGGGAAAGUGGUGGCUGCAGUGGCUGCUGUGCUACCCCGCAUGUCAGCUGCUAGCCACAGAGGCUGAGCAGCCUAAACAAAGCCGCACUGCACCUCCGGUCUCUUUGGGGCUUCCCCCACCCUCACUGAAGUCCUUUUCAGGCUCUGAGGGGAGACUUCUUACAAGUCACAAAGACUCUCCAGCUCUCUCUGGCCAUUUCCAGGUUUGAAUCAAAUUACUUAUUUAUUUCUUUAUUUGGGGGCACCGUGUGAAUACAUAUUUGCACAUGAGUCAAUCACGGGCAAGUGGGGGACACCUGCAGUAAGUUUAACUUGAAGUAGACCCACUGAAAUAAAUGGACCUGUGACUUAACCUCAAUAGGUCUACUCUGAGUAUGAGUAACAUUGUUUUAUUCAUAUAGUUUUAUUCAUAUGCAAUCAUACGCAAAUUUAACUGAUCAGUUAAAACACAAGAUCAAUCAAUGACCAUCACGGUCCAAUUGUGUUUCAGGUAAUGGUGCUAGGAGCAACCAACAGACCACAAGAUGUAGAUCCAGCCAUCCUGAGGAGAAUGCCAACUACCUUCCAGAUUGGCCUGCCUGUAAGCAAACCUUCCCUUCUAAUAAAUCCAGCUCACACUUGCUUCAUGUCCACCUCUGCUAUUGCACAGUGAGGUUUCCAGUUCAAUAUUGAUUGGGUUAUGCUUGAGGAAGAUGCCAGAGAAAUCACUGCAUAACAGCCAGAACACAAUUAAGAAUUGCUUCCUGGUCCAAGUGCUAGAAAACAAGGCAAUUAAACAUGUGUCCAGCUGGUCUAGGAAUGGUAUUGAAGGACAGAGUAGAAGUCCCUCCAGUAAAAAAUAAAAAAUGAAAAAAAUAAAUUAACUUUUCCAAAUGAUCAGUGUCCCCACUGGGAGAUGCAACAGCCCCACAAAAGAUCACUUAAGACUGCAAUUUUAUGUAAGCAUCAACAUAGAUCAGUAUGAGGCUUUAUAAGAGUUCAGGAAGUGAAAUCCAGACUGCAAAAGGAGGGAAAGUUGCAGCUCCAUUUUACUGAGGUACAAUGCUUCAUCCACAACAGAGGAUACAAUUGCUGUUCAAAGAUGGCUCAUUGCAACCUAAAGUACACCUUCAGGAAAGGGGAGUGGCAGAAGUGAGUCUUUUCUGAGCAGUCCAAGGCAAUGCUUGACCACUGAAGCAGGCAGACAAUUUUGCAGUGCAGGCAAAUCUUCAAAGUCUUAUCUUCUAUAGAUCUUCUUGUCUUCAUAUGCUAGAAUCUUCUUGUGCUUGCAAAAACUGGCUGAUAUACUUGCAUUAUUUAUUUAGCUCAUCAUAGCAGCUACCCAGCUGGUAUGAUGCCUGAAUAAAAUGCCCUUGUAUAAAAGGAAGUCUCCCCCAAAAGACAAAACAAAGCCAGAUGCAGACAGGGCCGUCUUUAGCAUAUGCGCCACCAGGGUGCAAAGAUUCACCCAGCGCCCCCAAAUAUAGUUUAGCCCCAAAAUUAACUUUUAUUAUGCUAAUGCCAGAUGCCACACUUUUUAAAAACAAUUUCUCCAAACGAAUUUGAACUGUAAGUGAUGAAAUUAAAAUGCAAUUUAAAAAGUUUCACUCGGGGUCAGCGGCACCUUUGACACGACUGAUCUCGAGCGGCUUGCCUGCAGCCGGCAGGCACAAAACAACAACCUCUGGUUACGUGAAACAUAUUCAAUAAACACACAAGACGUAACCGGCUGCACGUUUGAAAAAAUAAUAUAUACUAUUCAUUGUAUUGAAUAUUUCCGGAAUAUUAGCCUUGUUUCGCUGUCUUGGGCAAACUCAUAUAUGAUAUCACAGGACAGCAGCUGUGCUAUACAGGACUAUGCUAUAAGAUCCACUGUCCAAAUAUUCCAGAAAUCCUUGUCUUAGACUCUGUGAAAGGAUUCUGUGGAACUGCAACAACCUUUCGUGUGGAUUGUUGGACUUUAUGAACAGGUAGGUGGAAUAGACACUUUCACAUAUAUGGACCUUAUGCAUAAACAGAUUAGAGAAUGAACUGACCCACUGGGUCUUCUACUUUUUUCGUUGAACUUUGAGUCACUUCUGUUGAAAUCUACAAUUCAAUACAAUGAAUAGUAUAUAUUAUUUUUUCAAACGUACAGCCGGUUACGUCUUGUGUGUUUAUUGCAGCCGGCAGGCAGGCAGCGCGAGAUCAGUCGUGUCAAAGGUGCUGCAUAGCAGCUCGGUGCAAUACGUAACAUAAUAUUUUGUAAGAGUUAAUGUCGCAUGCACGGCGCUGUUGAGAAUGACAAGUGCUGCCGCUGGCUUGUCUGACAAGCGCUGCCAUUGUGAAUGACAAGCACCACCACUGGCACGGCGCAUCUUUGGUAAAUGAGCGCACAAAGUCGAAGUCCUUUAGUGAAACAGUAGGUAUACAUUUCGGUAAUACCUAGGUAUAUAUGUAUUUUGUUUUUCUAGCUUGAUCAAAAUUAUGUAUUAUUUCAUAACACGUAGCUAGUUAAGAGCUUGGGCGGCUUCAGCAGUGAGUGCCUGGUGCCCCACACCCCUUGCACCCCCAGGUAAAGAUGGCCCUGGAUGCAGAUUAUGGGGAGUGCACUGGGCACGGAGCCUCAGGGGUGUCACUGUGUUCGCUGAAGCUAUUAUUUAGAAUGGAGCAUGGGGGGCACUGAAUUUUGGCAUCAUGCAGGAUGCCACUGAAAUUUGAGACCCCAAGGUCUGCCACUGACAAAGCCAUGAUCUUUAUCCUAGUUUUUGAAUAUCUGACUAUCUCCCUCCUCACCCAUUGUGAUCUUGACUUCUUCCUGACACACACCCUUUCAGAUUCUUCCAAAUCCGCAUGGCCUUUCUGAAUGUACUUCAAAUAUCAGCUCAGCAUUCUAUUCUAGACACACUGUUACAUAUUCCGCCCAUAUUUUAUGUUUUUGUUAAUUGCAAGCACAAGCAUAAAGCCUUCACCUCUACACAAUUACUUGAGAGUAAAAAGACCCACUAAGCUCAGUGGAGACUUUCUUCUGAGUCAACAUGUACAGGAUUGCACUGUUAGUAGAUGCAUGUAUACCUUAACUGGCUUUCAACCCAUGACACGACUAGUUCCUGCUUCAUAAGGCAGGAUAUGCAUGAGGUUCAUGUACCUUUUCCUUCACAAGCCAUGACUCAGCUAUUCACCAAAGCUGCCCAUUAUGUGCAAACUCAGGAAUAUGAUUAAUGGCUCAGAAAGAAGCCAGGGUGUUAAGUCCAUUGGCAUUGCCUCCUUCUCUGACACCCAGGAGGAAAUGCCGUUUCUGGGAUCACAUCUGCUGCAAUACAUACCAGUACACUUCCUUCUUAAAAACUAUUGGUUUAUUCCUAUGCAAAAUGAGGCUAUUUACUCCAGUAUUCAAUCAAAAUAUCAUCAAUUAGGAUUGAUUUAAUUCAGGGGGUGGAGAAAGUGUGGCCUCCCCAGAUGCGGCUGAAUUACUGACCAUGUUGGCUGGGGCUGAUGGAGCUGGAGUCCGAGAUCUGGGGCCACAGGUUACAACUAGGUAAGCCCUGUAAAGUGCUCUGAACACCUGGAAGCACUAUACAAGUACAGAUCACUCUCUUGUCAGCGACAGUACAUUUCUGGAGAUGUAAUUUGGUUUGUCCCCAAAGACCUCCCUCUUAAUUCCUAUCCUGCCUUUCAUGAAACCCACCGUGGCACACCUGGGCUUCCAUGGAGUUUUCCAUCCAGGCACAGACCAGACCCAGAUCUGUUUAGCUUCAGUAAGGUUGCUGUAUCAUGUGCCUUGGCCAGUUCUUAGGUCCACCUCCAGAUCAAAGCAUACUGGUCUCAUUCUCUUCUGCUGUUUCUUCUGUUAGACACAAAGGCAGCGGCAGGAUAUUCUGAAGCUCAUCCUUGCUGGAGAAAAUGUAAGUUUCCCUCUCUCCCUGCCAUACCCCCCCCCAUUGCAGCCUGAGGUAAAGUUAAAGUUAAAGGUAAAGUUAAAGGGACCCCUGACCAUUAGGUCCAGUCGUGGCCGCCUCUGGGAUUGCGAUGCUCAUCUCGCUUUAUUGGCCGAGGGAGCCGGUGUACAGCUUCCAGGUCAUGUGGCCAGCAUGACUAAGCCGCUUCUGGCGAACCAGAGCAGCGCACGGAAAUGUCGUUUACCUUCCCGCUGGAGCGGUACCUAUUUAUCUACUUGCACUUUGACGUGCUUUCGAACUGCUAGGUUGGCAGGAGCAGGGACUGAGCAACGGGAGCUCACCCCGUCGUGGGGUUUCAACCGCCGACCUUCUGAUCGGCAAGUCCUAGGCUCUGUGGUUUAACCCACAGUGAUUAGGGGAAGGUGGGAUAAUUUUUAAGUGCAGGAGCUCAUUGUGAUAAACCCCACAGAUAUGCUCUUGGAAAGUCCAAAUAUGCAAGCAGCUCAGUUAAUUCCUAUUUACACAUGUAUGCAAACAUGCCCCCCCCCAAAUCAGCAGCACAGCAUAACACUAAAUUUAUUAAGAUCAGCCAAGUCAUAGAUGUUUACCCAGACAGAUUCAAGGCUGUGUAGCUGCCAGUACUACCACAGAGUUGCCUAGGGAGCAUGUGUGACUCUCCAUAUUUAACCCAGAGGGGAUCCUUUGCCUUUGAAACAGAUGAGCAAUGCUGUGAACUUGAAAGAGCUGGCUGAGAAAACAAAAGGUUACUCAGGAAGUGACCUGCGGGAAUUGUGCCGGGAUGCUGCCAUGUAUCGUGUGCGUGAUUAUGUCCGCAAGCAACAAAUGAAGCAGAUUGCUCGGAUGCUCCAUGAUACAGACAGUGGGGAAGAAAGGUACAAGCUUCACUCAACUCCCGUUCCUCUUUGCUUCUAACUUUUCAUAGUUCUGGGUCUGUUUCUCAGCCUCAUUUGCCUUGCACGUUUUAACAGAGAAUGCUCUGAAUGAAAGAUGGGUUUUUUUGUCAUGCAUACAUGCCUAGGUCUUGAGAUCUUUAUCGGAUGCACUUCUCUGGGUUUUCCCACCUGAUAGAAGUGAGCUGAGUCAUGACCAGAGUGAGCCCUUCCUUGCUGGCCUCCCACUUAGGGAAUGCAGGCUUCAGAGAGGCUCACCUGGCACCUUGGAGGUGGUUUUCUUUGUGCCAGGUAAAGCCUUUGGCUGCAUAUGCACCAUGCAUUUAAAGCUCCUUCUCUCCCCCCCCCCCAAUCUUGGGAACUAUGGUUUACCCAUCACAGAGCUACCAUUCCCAGUAUCUAACCAAACUAGUUCCCAAGCUUAGGAGGAGAGGAGAGAGGAGCUUUAAAUGCAUGUUAUGUAUGUAGCCUUUGUUCUCCCAGAUCCUUUAAUUUUAAUACAUACAUCUAUCUGGAAUAUCAAAACCUUGCACAUCCCGUUUUUAUAUUCAUUUUAAAUUGUUUUAGCUGCUGUGCUUAUCCAAGUUUUAGUGUUUUAUUGUCUACAGUUUUGAAUUUUAUCUGUAUAGUUACAAAAGAACUUAAAUUAUACAAAUAGAAUGAAUUAAUAACCAGAAGGUUCUGGGCUCAAAUUAUUUGGGCCAUGGACUUUCAGAAGUAUGAAAAUAUGGGCUAAACUCCAAUUGUCCAAAUGAAAUCCAUACAUCUAAGCAAGUCUAUCAGUGCAAUGGAGGAGGGCUAAAUUGCAGAAGACUGAAAAGGUGAUCCCCCUUUUAAAAUUUAUUUAUUAAUACUUAUUCAAAAAUAUACAAAAGUUCACACCCAUUAUGAAGUAUAUUUUUAUAACACACUGAAAUAAAACAGCUACUUAAUCUAAUCUUUUAAAAGUCUCAAAUGACAGGGUUAUGGUCUGAAAAUGUCUUUGGUAAGAUGCUGACUUUAUACACCUCUGUGGUCAACGUUUUAGAUAACCAAGCCAUGUCCAGUCUUGAAUGUGAUCUGUAUCCUUCAUGUGUGUAAAUUCUUUAGCAUCUCCAUUCUUAUAUCUCCAAAUAUCUACAAGUUCUAACUUCUCAAUCAAUUUUUGAAAAGAAUUGGGCUGUUUGCCUUGUGAACUUGUAAUCUUUUCCUCUGAAAUCCUAUCCUGUGUAGGGGAGACAACUCCAUGCCAAUCUCCAUAAGGCACCAGUUCUCAUGGAUAAUCCAUCAGUUGAUAAAAAGCUGGUUUCAUUUCAUUUGUGACAUACUUAUGAAAAGGUGACUUUAAAUUAACAUACGGUAACUGUUUAUAGAGCUCUUUUCAACAUUACGUUCAGCAGUGCAGGAGCAGUUCCUAUAUAAAAGUUGCUUCCUGUGGAAAUCUGAGGCCAUGUAGGAGAAGCCUCUGCUGCAGUUCCUUCUCAUGCUGCUGUUAUUCCUCCGUAGAUCUGGAGGAACCCAGGAGUUGUGUUAGGAUCCUUACAACAAACCUGCACGUUGGGCAGUAUUAGAAACGUAGAAAAUGGUCUGAAAUCCAGUCAGAUUUUUUUAUCCAUCUAGCUCUGUUGCGUUUACAGGGCACAAUGACCGUGGCAGCAGCAUUUCAGACAGGUGUCUUUUACAGCUAGGGACUCAACUGGGGAUCUUUUGCAGGCAAAGCAUAGGCACUACUGAGCUAGGGCUCUGCUCACUAUUAUCAAGCAGGGCAAGAGGAGCCAUGCUUUAGCCCAGAGAGGGGGGAACUGUGCCCCUCCAGACAGUGGCGUAGCGUGGGGGGUGCAAGGGGGGCCGGCCGCACCGGCCGCAACAUCUGGGGGGGGCGCUCGCACUCGUAGCUCUCUGCCCCUACUAAAAUCCACGGGUUAGGGGGCGCAAAUUACUUGCCUUGCCCCGGGUGCUGACAACCCACGCUACGCCACUGCCUCCAGAUGUUGUUGGAUUCCAGUUCCCAUCAGCCCCCACCAGCAUGGGUAAUAAAGAUGAUGGAGGCCAGCUUCUAGAGACACAGGUUUCUUAUUCCUCCUACAGCACCUCCAUUAAUAACCAGUCAAUGUUAGAAGGGGCCCCAGGUUUAGUGGUGGAGUCCAUUAUUGCCAUUGAGCUUGGAAUGGUACUGCUGAAAUGAGUCCAAUGGUCAUUUCAGCUCUGCCAUUCUAUAACAUUUAUUUCUAUUCAGAAACAGUUUACAAAAAGCAAAACAGAACCAAGUCACAGCACACCAAGAAAUAGUAUAGGUGCCAUAGGUUAAUGGUAAAGCACACAUGCUUUGCAUGUGAGAAGUCCCAGGUUCCACACUUGGCACCUGCAGUUAAAAGGAUCAGGAGACAGGAGAUGACAACCAUCUCUCUCUGCCUGGGACCUUGUGCCAGUCAGAGUAGACGAUACUCAGCUAGACAAAUAUUCUGACCUGGUAGGAGGCAGCUUCCUAUGUUCCUAAAUCAAGGCAAUUUGAAACCAAAAAGUGUAAAAUAAAACUAAUCUAUAACCCACACUCAAUAAACUUGGGAAAAACACUGAAGAUACAAUGGAAGAUGAUGGCAGGCAUUUUAGGGAGCAAAGAACUGUGGGCAGAGACAAAAGAACCAACAGGCAGUUGACUUAUUUAUUUUGCAUCCAGUGACUUGGAAGAGGAACGGUUGCGGCCACUGACCCAGCUUGACUUGUUGUUUGCCCUAGAGAAGAUGGAGGAGUCCAAGGGUGCGUCGACUGCUGUGCCGACACUAAAAGAACCGGCUUUGGACUAAGCUGCUGGACCACGCAGCUGAGAGACUGGAGACCAUCAACUUAGAAUAGGGUGCCCAGAGAUUCGAUUGACUGUUCACUGUAUUUUUACUAGGCUGGAGGCAAAGGCUGUAUAUGUAUAUGUGUGAGAUGAUAGAGAGAUAGUCGCAGAACACAGGCUCAGCACUUAGGAGGAAAGGUGAAAGGAAAGGGAAUCUGGGCCAAGCACACCCACCUUGGGUGGAGUGGGACAGAACAGACACUUGGUAGGAAUGGAGAAACUCAUGUCAAAAGAAAGAAGUCAGCGCAGUUAACAUUUGUGGGGGGAGGGGCGUGUCACAGCUUUUCUAGAGGUUGUAAGAUGAGGGGAGCCGUGUAAUACAAGUGAGAAAGGACAACCACCACUAAAACCCAAUUUGGAGCUAUUAUUGUGUAAGUGAGUGGCAAGGUAUGCUUAUAAAAUAGGCCUGCUCAUAAUACAAGAGGGCACUAAAACAAAUGCCUAGGACUAAGCAAGUAUUUAUUUCUGUUCCAAGUUUGCCGGCUGAGCCAUCCUGAACAUCUGUGCACAUGGCUCUUUACAAAAGAAGUCUUUUUUUAGGUAGCUCAUCUCCUCUACAGGUUCAUACACAAAAGCAUUUAAAACCUAGAAAUACAGAACUGGAAAUAUUUCAUUGCCUUUUUUUGUCUUGGCUGCUUCCUUCUCACACUGAAAUCUGGUGCCUCAUGAAGGGUGUGGAGUCUGGAUUAUUCCUGCUUUUUUACUUUAGAUAAUGCUUCAAGCGCUCAUAGCUGACAAAUUAUGCACCACAGCAUGUAAGCAGUUGGGGAAGGCCACAUCCCCUGUGCUUGCUGUACUUUGCCACUGCACUUAAUACCUUUUACAUAUAGGCAGCUUACCAUGGUUUGCAAUCA